GCGGGAAUCCUGCAGGAGGCGGGCAGCAGCGGCAGAAUGGCCCUGGACGUGGCUACGGCAGUUCCCCUCGGAGCUUUAACGGCGGCAACCGAGGACGAGGACGUGGCCGCGGUCGUGGCGGCUCGAAUCAGCGGCAACCCACCGGAUCUCAACCCUGGCAGUUCCCCAACCCCACACCUG